GGACAGGGGCAUUGUUGGAAAGGUCGGCGCGGUCGUAAAGUUUUCACCGGCCAUGGGAGAAGCUUGGAAGCUUCUCUUCUUCUUCGUCUUCGUCUUCUUAUUUUGUAAUAAUGCGUUUGGUAUUUUGACUUGGAAUCGCCCAUGCCGUGUAUUAGGGUUUAUAAAUUAGGGUUAGGGUUGGUGUUAGGUUUUCCACGGCGAAGCUUCGAUCUCCCGUUUGUGCUGUAUUAUCUUUGUUGAUCUUGUAGAGCCUCCUCCUCUCUCUCUCUCUCUCUCCCAACAACGCCUGGUUCCGGAUCGCUGCUUCGAUUCUAGUACGAUUCUAAAACUCUGAAAAGAAAGAAGAGAAUGCGGGCGCCGUCACUCCUUUUCCAGUGCUUUCCGGCCUUGUUGCCCAACGAUAAGCCCGGCAAUUAUGGUUCUAUUGUUUCGGAGAGAGAUCUGCAUCUACCUUCACCUGCAGUUGAGAUUCUCUCUUCUAAGAAUGCCCAUCCAUACAAGUAUGCCGGAGAGAAGCUUGAUGUACAAGGUCUUAAUAUUUUCAAGGGAAGACUUAGUGUCGCUGAUAUGAUUGGGCUUUCACAUUCAGACGCAGUACCAUCAAAAUCGGACGGGUCUCUGAAGUAUUGGGAAAGUUCGAUCGCUCUUGUAAACGUUCUUAAGAACGAGAUUCGUGAUGGGCUGUUAAGUUUUAGGGGAAAAAGAAUUCUAGAGCUUUCUUGCGGGUCUGGCUUAGCUGGAAUUUUUGCUUGCCUGAAGGGAGCCUCCACAGUGCACUUCCAGGACUCAAAUGCCGAAACCUUAAGAUGCCGCACAAUACCCAACGUGUUAGCGAAUCUCGAGCAGGCACGGGACCGGCAGAGCCGGCCGACGGAGAGCCCCGUAACUCCGUCUCAGCAGCAACUGGAUCCCGACACGCAUUUCUACGCUGGCAGCUGGGAUGAGCUCCACACCGUCCUCUCCGUGGUUCAAACGGACAUCUUAUCAGCCACUCCGCCGGCGCACUUCAGCUUCUCCGAGGACGAUUUCAUGGAUUGCAACGGCAGCCAGGACGGAAGCACUGCUAGCCGUGACUCUUGCUCGCGGAGGUCGAGGAAGCUCUCGGGAAGCCGCCCGUGGGAGAGAGCGAGCGAGGUGGAUCAGGGAGAGGGUGGCUACGAUGUUAUUCUAAUAUCCGAAGUCCCUUUUUCAUCCAGCUCGCUGCAGAAGCUCUACGCGCUUAUAACCAAGUGUCUUCGACCGCCGUACGGCGUCCUAUAUCUCGCUGCGAAGAAGAACCUGGUCGGAUCCAACUGCGGGGCGCGGCAACUGCGAGCUCUCGUCGACGAGGAAGGUGUUUUCGGCGCCCAUCUCGUUGCCGAGCUCGCCGACAGGGAAGUUUGGAAGUUCUUCUUCAAAUGAGGCAUUUUAAAAGCAGCUAAUAAUACAAGAUCAAUCCCCAACACCAAAAGCAUUCAUUCAUUUUUACUCUUUCAUACUGUGUAAUAUACUAUUCAUAUAUAAAAAACUCUUCUUUUAUUUUUUGGUAAUAAGGUCCAAAUUUUUGCUACCAUUUUAGAACAUUGAGCUUGAUUCUUCUCUAUUUUUUUUUUUUUUUUGUGAUUUUUAUACUUUGAUAUUACUUUGAUAUUAUACACAGAUUUAUUGAGGAUUUUUACAUUUUACAUAUGCAUUUUUUUUUUUUUAGAGAGAUUAAACAAUGAGAAAUGUUGCAUUGUGUGAUUGUACACUUGUAUGUAUUGUAACUGAUAUACCACCGUUGUGGUUUCGCACUUUCUUA